CUAAAGGACUGCUUACUUACUAUUGGUUCCUCUGCCCACCGUCGGUUGCCGUGGAGACUCGGCGCUGCGGCCCUGAGCUCAUGGCGCUGUACCAGCUCUUCUCCCACCCGGUGGAGCGCGGCUACCGCGCGGGGCUCUGCUCCAAGGCCGCGCUCUUUCUGCUGCUGGCCACCGCGCUCACCUACAUCCCGCCUCUGCUAGUGGCCUUCAGAAGCCACGGGUUUUGGCUGAAGCGGAGCAGCUACGAGGAGCAGCCUAGUGUGCGCUUCCAGCACCAGGUGCUGCUCGUGGCCCUACUGGGGCCCGAGCCCGGAGCCUUCCUCGCCUGGAGCACGUUCCCCACCUUCAACCGGCUGCAGGGGGUUCACCUGCGCGUCCCGCUAGUGUCGAGCAGAGAAGAAGACAGGAACCAGGAUGGGAAAAUGGAUGUUCUACAUUUUAAACUUGAACUUCCCCUGCAAGCGACAGAGCACAUUCUCGGUGUGCAGCUCAUCCUGACCUUCUCCUACCAGCUGCAUAGGAUGUCGACGUUCGUGAUGCAGAGCAUGGCGUUCCUUCAGUCUUCCUUUGCUGUCCCCGGGUCACAGCUACAUGUGAACGGUGACCUGAGGCUGCAGCAGAAGCAGCCACUGAGCUACCGAGGCCUGGAUGUCAGAUACAACGUAUCUGUGAUCAAUGGGACUAGUCCUUUUGCUCAGGACUACGACCUCACUCACAUUGUCGCCACCUAUCAGGAAAGGAAUGUUACCACUUUCCUGAGUGACCCCAACCCAGUCUGGCUGGUGGGCAGGGCUGCCGAAGCUCCUUUUGUAAUCAAUGCUGUCAUCCGAUAUCCUGUGGAAGUCAUUUCUUACCAGCCAGGCUUCUGGGAGAUGAUAAAGUUUGCCUGGGUUCAGUAUGUCAGCAUCCUGCUCAUCUUCAUCUGGGUGUUUGAAAGAAUCAAAAUUUUCGUGUUUCAGAACCAAGUAGUGACCUCCAUUCCUGUAGCCGUGCCCCAGGGAGAGCUGGGUAAAGAGCAUUUAUCCUGAGAAGACCACAUCAGGAGACUCUGAGGGACCCUGGCUACCUCAUCCCCAGCUUCUGAGAACCGCCAUUUUACAACAUUUCUGCAAAGAACCUGCUGGAUGCUUUCAGGCUUGCAUGUUUUCAGAGAUGAAGAAUGGUUCUUUCAACAUUGCACUGCACAAACCCUAUGCCUUCAGAGCACCAAGGAAAUCUACAAGGGCGACGAAGAUGAGUUUGGGAAAUGUCACAGGGUUACUAGAGGCUAUGAUUUUUGGUUUGGUUUGAUUUUGCUUUGGCCUUGAAUUUCCGGAGAAAGUUUCAGUCAGCUCAUACAUCGCAUCUCUGAUCAGUCAAAGACUUUACCUCUUUUGAACUGGGACGGAUGUCCGGUGCACUCCUCCCCUCUAGUUUAAGCUACUUUUUAGCUUCUUCAGGGAUCCACAAAAAAUAUGCAAGUCCCUAGUAUUUUCUACUCCUAGGUGUCUACACAACACCCAUGAUUUCCAGAACUGAAGCCUUUAACUGGAGAACUGAAGGGGGCAGGGCAAAGCCUAAAAAAAAAAAAACGAGAGUCCCAGAAACAUGUGCAUGCCGUUGGGUAACUUAAGGGCAAGAGGACCAGACACCUGCCCUCAGGCUAAUAGAUGGGGAUCUGUCAUCCGCUCAGCUGAACAGCCCUCUGUUCCUGCCUUCCUGUGGCUGGCCCUGUGCCCCUGGGAUGGAGGCUGAAGUCAGAAGUGCUGUUUGAUUCUGUCUGUCCCCCUACCCCCAGCAGCAGGGAAUGCCAGGCUUCUAACAACAGGUUCUUUCUCUCUGGCCUUCACCCAACAGCCUGGCCACUUGCCACUUCUCCUCUUUGGUGGCCUUCCCCCUUUCUGAAAGGAUAUGGGUGACAGAGGGGUUGGUGACAGUGUUGGCUUCCAUUGCCCGACAACCGCAGGGUCUAUUUGGAGGCUGAGCCGAAAACUCAGUUGCUAUCAGUUCCCUUGACCAAGGAACAGGGUACUCAGCGGACAGGAGGCUUUGGAGGAAGCAUGAGGAGCAGCAAGUAAAGAUGGGGCUAAGCAGAUCAUCUAUCAGAGUUUCCUCUGAUCUAAGGAAGUGCGGGCAUAGAACAUGGCCAGGACAAGCUUUUGUGUUGCAUAAAGAACCUGUUAUUUGGCCUCAUUCUUGUGCUGAGCAAUUGUGCAGUCUUAAAGGACAGGUGGCUCUGAUUAUGACUCCACCAUGUCAUUAGCCCUGGAAAGACAUACCUACUACCCCUACCACCCAUGCCUCAUGUCUAGCCCCAAACACACUCGUCAGUAUAUGUCUUAGUUUACCUUGGAGAUUCAGUUCUGACUUUCAGAGCACCUUUCAGUCAGACUGAGCAGAAUAAGAGUUUUGGAAACAAAAUAUUCAAGCAGAAAAAAAAAUAUCCCUGGUACUAGUUUCUAUGACUUCAUAUGUACAGAUGUUUAUAUUGCCUGUGUCUUUUUCUGGAAACUUAAAUGAAAAAAAAAUGGUCUCUGAAUUAAAUUUCAAAAAGGUUGUGAGAGA